UGUAGGUUUGCUGUCUCCUGUGUCAAUGUCAGGAGGACGGGCUGGAGCUCCUGGGGACCAGAACCCCUCAGAUUCCAGGAGGAGCAGAGAAAGCACAGAUGGCCUGGAGAGUCCCAAGGGUGAGGCCAGCAAGUUCUUUCUUCCCCCAGGUGCUCAGAGCAUCCUCUGAGUUGCCAAACAGACUCCCAGAGGGAUCAACUGUGGGCCCUAAACCAGAGAACGGCUGGGAAGCAGGGUCUCAGGAGAGCUGGGGUCUCACCAGCUCAAGAGCAGGCCAGGACUCCUCAGCACAGAAGCUGGGAAUCUUGGGUGUUCAGAUCAGCCUGAAAAUCUGCACUUGGGAAAAGCCAUCUGGCUGGGGCCACCUGUGUGCGGCUGUGACUGGGGCAUCCUGCUGCUCUCCUCCCUCACAAGGUGGUGCCAUCCGCCUUGUCACUGCUCCUCAGGACAAGCCUGACUGCUCUCCCUGCACCGCUGGCCAUUGAGAAUCCAGCUGCUC